AUGCAUAAAGUCGAACUGACACAUAAUAAACGGCGUCGAGUUUGGGAUUGUGGAUUCAGGAUCCAAGCCCUCAACGAGUCCGAACCUCAUAUUGUCGCCAAAGCCCGUCUGUUAGUGUCCAAAAUAAACCAGCGGCAUUCUCAGCCGCUCAAGAUCACGAAUCGGAUUUCCUGCUAUGCCUUCCAUGUGAUGGGUGAAAUCGCACUGGGAAUGGAGUUUGAGUAUGUCCAAAGAAGAACACCCAAAGAUAUUAUAUCCUGGUUGAUCCAAGCAAAAGAAAACGGUGACCCGGGAGCAGUCCUCUCCAAGAGAGCCUUGCAAGACGCAUGGACCCUGGUCGUUGCGGGCAGCGACAUGGUAUCUACCACUCUCACAAACGCAUUGAUCUGCCUCUCAACUCAGCAUUCUGUCCUCUUUAAGCCCCAAUCCGAGUUUGGCCAAGUCUUCCCACGCGACAUGCAAGACUAG